UUCUGUUACAUUCACCGCCGUCACGCUCCCUUCCUUGAGCCCAUAUCAGCCGGUCCCUGGUCUUGAUUCACUUCCACACCUGCACUGGGGCAACACCGCGAAGCUGAGCCGAAAUGUGGCUGCUGACGGCGGUCAUCGCCGCCUGCCUGGCUAUGCCUCUGCGCUACUGCUUGUGCAAACCGCUGCCCGCCGCUAUUAGGCAGCAGUGGAAACUUCGGCUGCUGGGGGACCUUAUCAAAUUUGUAAUCGGCCUGGCGCAUGUGAUGGAGCGGCUGGGCUUGGGGCACCACGUCAAGGCUGCGCGAGAGAGUUCCAAGGGUCUGGAGGGCAUCGCGGAGAAGUUGACGGGCAAACCCGGCGCAGGCGACUUGGCGGUCAGCGACGCGGUUUUCAACAGCGUCCCCGUUCGUGUUUACCGGCCCCUGACGUCAGCCGAGGGCCACCUCAGGAGGGGGCUGCUCUACAUCCAUGGAGGAGGCUGGGCCUACGGCAGUGCCAAGGACGGCGCGUACGAUCAAGGCUGCCGCAAAAUGUCCCGAGAUCUUGACAUGGUUGUGGUUUCUGUUGAUUAUCGUCUGUAUCCCGAGAGCUGCUUCCCGACACCGUUCCUGGACUGCCUCACGGCCGCCAAGCACUUCCUGUCCCCGGAGGUGCUGGCCGAAUACGCCGUGGACCCCCAACGUGUGGCCGUGUCGGGGGACAGCGCUGGGGGGAACUUGGCGGCGGCGCUCGCUCAACAGAUUGCCAUGGAUGACGGCAUGAGGGUGAAAUUCAGCGUGCAGGCUUUGAUCUACCCGGCCCUUCAAGCUCUGGAUUUCAACACGCCAUCCUAUCAGCAGAACCGGGACAUGGUCGUGCUCAACCGUCCGGUCAUGGUCCAGUUUUGGCUACAGUACCUGGGCGCUGACCUCUCCCUUAAACCGCACUUCCUCGCCAACCGACACAGCUCCGACGUCGCGCCGGAGCUGAAAGCUCGUGCGGACUGGACCACCCUCCUUCAACCGAAGUACUGCAAGGACUACUUGCCAGUACGUGACGAGGAGCACCGUAAAAUGCAAAGAAUCCUGGAUGAGAUUCCCGGUCUGCUGGACGUGCGCGCUGCGCCCCUCCUGGCCGGACCCGAGGUUCUGGCCAAGUGCCCCCGGGCUUACGUCAUGACCUGCGAAUACGACGUGCUGAGAGACGACGGCUUGAUGUACGCGCGCCGCUUGAGUGACGCCGGUGUGGCGGUCGCGGCCGAGCACCACCCGGACGGAUUCCACGCGUGCUUCAGCCUCACCACGUGGCCCUUCACCUUUGACGUCGGGGUGAGGGCCUUCGGGGCCUACGUCCAGUGGCUACGCGACAACUUGUAGGGACUUCAUGCGAAUCCAAAUAAAAGUCAAGUCACGUAUUGACAGCGAGACAGAGCAAUGAAUGUCACUCACAAAGUCGAUCGAAGAUCUCCUGUUUUUUAGCAGCUGCCGUCCCGCGAUCGACGCCGAUAUACCGCACGUGCGCACAGACAAGCACACGCUCACAGAAAAAUAAACGAGAUGCAAGACAAAACCGAGUUUCCAGAAAGGAAAUCACUGCCUACCUUCGUGGGAGACUUGACACAGGGAGGCGGGGACGCACUUUUGGGGGCGUCAUGAGGUGUCGAAACUAGAACGUACGCACGUGUAAAGUUUGAAAAUGUUUUUUUCUGGUGCUCCGGAUUCCCUUUCUUUGACAAUGCCAUCGGUACAUUGCUGAUCAAACACACUUGGAAUGAGAAUAAACGAACAAAAAAAAAUUAGCGAUCCAUCCCAACAGCUCUGAUCGCUAGCUGACUGCUGGCCGCUAACAACUUCCUGUGAUGCAGGUUAAAGGUGACCUACUUUUUUAUUUUAUUUUUAAUACUGUUUUUUUGUGAACGUAAAACCGAAACGAUUCUUAGGUAGCAGUAUAUAUAAAACAAAUUUAUGAAAUAUUAAUAACACGCACGCAGACAGACAGACAAAUCUUUUUUUUUUUUUUUUUUCCAUUUGCGACGACACCCCUCAAAGUUGACUUUGGGCCAGUCCGCGGGACGACGAACCUGGAACCUGUGACGUAAGAGUGUAUACUCUACAACUUGUAAAUGUACAGAUAUCGUUGUUUUUUCAACAGCUUUCCCGAUUAAAUAAAUGGAAACACGUGAAUCA